ACCCUGGGAAGUUGUGGAUAUACAAGAGGAACUGCUGUCGUCUCUGCUGCGGGCACUCUUAUGGCUUGAAGGCAGGGCCAAAACCGGGGACACUUCUCUUCAUGGAUUUCCCAAAUAUGUCCUUGUAUGAUGAUGGCUAUGAGAACCGAACCUUCAAUGGGUCCGGCUCGGAGCAGAAGGUCCAUCAGUACAACUACUACGCCAUGCUCCUCACCCUCCUCAUCUUCAUCAUCGUCUUUGGCAACGUGCUGGUGUGCAUGGCUGUGUCGAGGGAGAAGGCCCUCCAGACCACCACCAACUACCUGAUAGUCAGCCUGGCGGUUGCAGAUCUGCUGGUGGCCACGCUGGUGAUGCCCUGGGUGGUCUAUCUGGAGGUGGUCGGGGAGUGGCGGUUCAGCCAGAUCCACUGCGACAUCUUUGUCACCCUGGACGUUAUGAUGUGCACAGCCAGCAUCCUCAACCUCUGCGCCAUCAGCAUUGACAGGUACACCGCUGUAGCGAUGCCAAUGCUUUACAAUACCCGCUACAGCUCCAAGCGCAGGGUCACCGUCAUGAUCGCGGUGGUUUGGGUCCUGUCUUUUGCCAUCUCCUGCCCGCUGCUUUUCGGGCUGAACAACACAGAGAAGAAUGAGUGUAUCAUUGCCAAUCCUGCCUUUGUUGUGUAUUCCUCUAUCGUCUCCUUCUACGUUCCCUUCAUUGUCACCCUGCUGGUGUACGUACAGAUAUACAUAGUGCUGCGGAAACGCAGGAAGCGCGUCAACACCAAGCGCAUCGCCACCCACCUGGGCCCGGACUCGGACACGCAGGCACCGCUGAAGGACAAAUGCACUCAUCCGGAAGAUGUGAGGCUGUGCUCCCUCAUCGCGAAGUCCAAUGGGAGCUUCCCGGUGAAUAAACGCAAAGUGGAAGCCAUGAAUCACAUUGAAGAAAUGGAAAUGGCGACCAGCACGAGUCCUCCAGAGAAGAGCAAACACAACAAGCCGCCCGUGGCCAGAAACAAUGAGUUGGGGCUGCCAGCCACCUCCAAACAGUGCGCCCAUUCUGGCCUGCAGUCUCCAAUCGACAGCCCGUCCAAAGUGGAGAAGAACGGGCACACGACCAACCACCCCAAGGUGACCAAGGUCUUUGAGAUCCAGACCAUGCCCAAUGGCAAGACGAGGACCUCCCUCAAGACCAUGAGCAGGAGGAAAUUUUCACAGCAGAAGGAGAAGAAAGCCACCCAGAUGUUGGCCAUUGUUCUAGGCGUCUUUAUCAUCUGUUGGCUUCCCUUCUUCAUCACCCACAUCUUGAACAUGCACUGUGACUGCAACAUCCCACAGGCCAUGUACAACGCCUUCACGUGGCUUGGCUACGUCAACAGCGCGGUCAACCCCAUUAUCUACACCACCUUCAACAUUGAGUUCCGAAAGGCCUUCAUCAAGAUCCUCCACUGCUAGCUCCCCCUGUUGGCCAGAUGCACGAACAGCAUGGUCCGACCCAGGGGGAGGUGUGUUGGGAUCUGGAGACAAGCUCACAGAGUUACGUGCCAUACAUUCAUGCUUGGACCGCGGGGAUGAGAUAGCGUCUUGGUGAAAGGCUGUCUCACCGGAGAGGCGACGUUUGGACUCCAGGAGAACAGUGCAAACGAGUUCAUUUCAAAUGCCACAUUUGCACUGUGCUUUGUUUUAUAUAUAUAUAACGAAAACUAGGGGAACACAAACACACACAACAACAGCACCACUCGUGGUCCGCAAGGCCUCCAAAGCGCUGGCCCCCAAACAGACACUGCUGGCAGCUUUUGUGCAUUGUCGCUAGGGAUGCAUUUCUCACCAAAGACCCCCAUCGCCCAGCCGGCUUAGCAACAGACCCUCCCCCACCCUCAAUUCCUGGGAAUCAUGAGCUUGCCUUCAAACUUCAGCCGCCCGCAUGGGGUUUUAUGGAACCGCUAAGGCCUGGAGUGACCACCUUCCCAAAAGCAAUCAUUUGCCAGCCCCAUGAGCCCAAGGGAAACGGGACAUCAGGGCACGGUGGGAAUACCAUCACACCAAUGUAUAUAUGAUUAAGUGGAAUGAAUUGAGCAAAAGCCCAAGCCAAAAAAUAAUAAUAAUAAAUGAACCAACAAGGUCUCCAAAAA